CCUUAAGGUUAUACCAUGUAUUGAAGAGAUAAAGUUGAGGAGCUUUAUACAGAAGCCUAUCGACAGUUUUACAGUGGACUUGUGAACAUAUUCAUACCAUGAGUAAAACUAUGUGUUUGGUGUGUGUUUGGCUUAUUGUAAUUUCAGGUACGGUAUAUGCUUGUCCAACAAGUUCUCCUCGACUAUUUCAAAGGGUACAUGAUGCCGAUUUAAAAAUUUCAUUGAGUACAACUGUGAACACUCAAGGCGUUAUAAGCUACCAGAUUCGGAAGGACGAAACCAAUUUGAUGAAUAUAGAUUUCUAUAACGGUGCGAUUAUGGAACAAGAGCCAUGCAAACCUACAGACUGCACGUUUUCAGGAAAUGCUGCCAACGGUGACUUUUCUAUUACGUUAUCUAAUGUACAGAUAACGUCAGCAGGGACCUAUAAACUCAUCGAAGUCCAAUCCAAAGAGGAAAAGGCGUGCAAAACACUUUUUGUACUUGGAGAUCCAGAACCACCUAUCAUUUCGUCAAACAAUGACCCUUCCGUCGGUGGAAAUGUCAUUGUCACGUGCAGUAGUACCUCCACAACCAUACCGACAAACCACGGGCUUAGUUUAUCCUACACCUGGUUAAUAGAUGGUCAUACAAACCCAGCCAACACACGUUACACGUACUCUGCUUCCAGACACCAACUCACUAUUUCUGAUGUGCGGAAGACGGACAGCACAAUUGUCAUGAAAUGUUCGGCAACUGAAAACGUUACUAACGGGUACACGUCGUCCGAGAGUUUAGGAUUAACAUUAAACGUUCUGUACGGUCCAGACAGUGUAAGCUUCAGCCCCAAUAUCACGUCUUAUGAAAAGCUCCUGAACACUGUACUCGACCCAGUCAUGUGUCAAGCUGACUGUAACGGGUGCAGCUUCUCGUGGUCACGCGGACAAACUACCAUUGUAAACACAGAUGUUCUGAAUUUGAUGUCGCUGUUAGUUAAUGAAGCUGGUCAGUAUACGUGCACGGCAUCUCGGACCGGGGCUACGACAAAGGAAAAAACACUCAGUAUUAAAGUCAUUCACGGUCCAAGCAGUGGGUCAUUGAAUCCAGCUGACACACAUUACACAGUUGAAAUUGGUGAGACCUUAGCUACAGUAACCUGCUCAGCGUCAUGUUGGCCUUGCUCAUACAUGUGGACUGGGCCCGGGGAUUUUUCUUCCUCAGGGCAAACUAUCAGUCUACAAGGAGCUACAAAGGCGUGGGACGGGAGAUAUACAUGUACUGCAACCAAUGACAGGACGUCAACCGUUAGCUCUACCUACUUUGAUGUUAACGUUGUUUACGGACCAGAUAGCAUUACUUUCAACACAUCCUUAGCUACUAUAAGACAAAGGGAGGGCUCAUUGUUUCUACCGGUUGAAUGUCAGUCUGAUUGCAAGGGCUGCACGUUUACAUGGAGCAAGGACCAUGUUCCGUUUUCAAGCACAGCUAUAUUGGAUCUGGCUACUUUACACAAAUCGGAGGCUGGGGUUUAUUCGUGCACAGCGUCAAGGACUGGAGCACGAUCAAUGGACAAACAACUUGUAGUCCAAGUUAUAUACGGACCUGAUCAUGCGGCCGUCCUUCCGGCCAAUACCCUGUAUGUACUGAACGACGGCAGCACUAUGGACAGCGUAGUUUGUUCAUCUGACUGCUUCCCGGAAUGUUCUCUUAUGUGGCUUCCGUCUUCGUCAAGUUACCAAGAAAACCUCAGUCUAGGCGUCCUUCACAAGGAGGCUGCCGGGCUGUACACAUGUGUAGCAAGUAACCCGGAAUGGAGUGAGAAAUCUGUUAAUGUUACCAUUACAGUCCAGGUUAGAUAUGGUCCGGAGAGCGCUAUUCUAAACGUUUCUUCCCCGUUCACUGUGACAGAAGGGGAAACAAUCCAAAGCAUAGGAUGCACUUCCGACUGUUGGCCUGUAUGUGGACAGAAGUGGAUGAACGCCGCAAAUGUUACAAUACAACCCUCUGGCACACUUUCACUUGAGCGAGCUACCAGAGACAAUGCUGGAAGCUAUGUAUGCAUCUUAGAAAACACCGCGGAAGAAUACACGAAAAAAGCCGAGACAACUUUGAUAUUGACAGUCGAAUACCCCCCUGAUGUUCACGUACAGACCACAAACACAACAUCCGAUGACACUUUCGCUGUCUUAAACUGCAUUGCAAACGGUGUGCCAAACUCAUAUACAUACACCAAUUGGAAACAGGAGUGGCCAGGUUUCAAUUUAGCCAGAGACAUUCCUAAAAGUGGAUAUUCCACAUUACGCCUCACAAAUCUUUCGUACGAAUAUUCUGGAAUAUAUACAUGCUCGGUCAGUAAUGGCGUAGUGCAGUAUCCAACUACAGAGACUGUCAUGGAAGCAUCAGCGUACCUGUUUGUGAAAGAUGCGCCUGUUGUACUCUUUCCUCAAUUAUCGCAUGAUGGCGUCUUCGUUUUAUCUGGCAAACUUGGAGACACACUAUCAUUACAAGUAAAGAUAUACUCCAAUUACGGAAGUGUGGUCGCCAAAUUAAAGGACUCCGAUAAUAAUACGAGCGAGAACACGAGCAUUGCGAUUGAUGUUUUUGAAACUUCUGUGGAAUUACCUGUGAUGGGUCAUGUUCGUAAUGACAGUGGAUUCGUUUUAAAUAUCACAAUAACCAUAGAGGAAGCAGAUGAUUUUACUUUCUACCCUGUCAGUAUUGAAAAUGAUUUCAAAUCAACUUUACUAGACAUCGAAGUUAAAGCAGAAGGUCCACCUGAAACCCCACUGGAUUUUUCGAUAGAAGAAGUAAUGCAGAAUUCAAUAGCCAUUUCUUGGUUUGGAAAUUUUAAUGGUGGAUUCAAACAGACAUUUGCUAUACAAACCAGCAAGGACGAUGUUAGUUGGCAUAAUUUUACAUUGUUUGCUGAAGCCGUACCGAACACAAAUCAACAAUACAACCAAAACGUUGAUCAAUUGGAACCUACAACAAAAUAUUAUCUUCGCAUGAACGCGUUCAAUAAGCUUGGUGUAAGUGAGCACACUUACACUUUACAGGCUACGACUCCUGCUCCCCUGGACUCGACACCGUCUCCAGCAGCGAUGAUAGGUGGACUUGCUGGGGGAAUUUCGGCAGUUUUGAUACUUGUGACUGUCGGUGUUGUUUUAUUGGCAAGAAGGAGGCUAAAAGGAGAUAAACAGGAUGACGUUAAUCGAUUAACCAGAGGCCAGCGUCUGAGGAAAUUUUUCACAAAAGGAACAGAUGGAGAUGACGAAGAGACCUUGCCUGACGAAGUGGAAAAUCCGAUGUAUGUUGGAGCUGACGACAUGGGUGUUCCCAGUACAGCACAGACAUUGUAUGCAGUACCACAAAAACGAAAACAUCAGGAAGGUGCGCCAGCUGGAGAUAUAUAUGCCGUUGUCGACAAAAACAACAAAAAACAAGGCAAGAAGACCGGGCAGAAAAAAACGAGCGAACAAGACAUUUACGAAAACAGUGAUGGAGUAGGCACAAGUGGAUAUCAAUCCACCGGCAGAAAAACAUCUCCAAUCAAGAAAAAUGUGAACCAGGAUGGACUCGUUUACGCUGAUCUAGUGUUUCCGAAUCCACCGAAAGGACAGAAAAAACUCGUGAUUCAUGGUUUAGACGACAUGACGGAGUACGCAGAGGUAGAUCUUACAAAGAAGGCAGAUCCUCUACCUGACAGUGACGAGGAACACACAACUGGCAACAAAGAAUAAUAGUGUGAAUGUAUUUUACGAAGAUAAUUCCAAUCGGAAUAGUAUACUAUACAACUGUAUACAAAAACAGAAUUAAACACUUAUAUUAUAAUGAAUAAAGUUUGAUCAAUUAACAAUCUUCAGAAAAAUGUCAAAACGGAAAAAUCGCAUACAGCCGGUAGAUUUAUUCGUUUAUUCGUCAUAACUAAAACCUCGGUUUAUAGUACUACCAUAUAACAUCGAGGAAAGUUUUUAUGUGAGAAAAAUGAGUAUGCAACGACUUGUCAUUUUGUUGAUAACACGUGUAAAUAUGUUUUAAUAAGCAAGGUAGUUCUGUAUUUCCUAUUAAAACUAUCUUUUUAGCAGUCUACAGUAAUAUACUUUAGUUAAACCAAACUGUUAUGAACUUGCUGAAAAGACCAAACCGAUAACUUGAAGGGCUACGAUUCUCUACUAUCUAUGAAUAGUUUUCAAUCUCUCCAAACACAUUGUAUCUUACAAAUGUUGCUUAGUUAUGCUUGCAAUAUAAUAUCAUGCAUCGAAACUUCCUAGUAUACAGUUCAUCCGAUGAUCGAAGUUUAAGACGUGUCCAUUUCUUUAAUUAUGUUCAUGUUUUAUAUACACGAAUUAAGAAAGAAACAGACGUAAAAUAGCAUGAAUUAAAACGAAAAGUCCACCUUAACAAUAAAGGCAUUCUUCAUCUAGGCAAAUAAAGAAAUAACUCAGAGUCGCGGACUGUCGAUGAAACUUUUAAACAAUAACAAUUCAGUAAUGUUUCAUUCUUAAUCUUCUAUUUUGUAUUGAACAUUCCUAUGAGAGAAUUGUAUGCAUGCAUUGAACAUAAUUCAACAAUGCAUGUUUGUCUUCUUUUUUGCAAUAACAUGUAUUUUUUAUUUUUCUUUAUUCAAACUUAACAAUUAAAUAUGUCAAACAUAAAAAAUAAUAUAUAUAUAAUUUUAUGAAAGUGUGCUUUUAACAUGUGCUAUGUAUACAAAACAAAGUAUUCAAUUGCAUAAUAAUGCGCUUAUUAAUUGAGCUAAUUAAAUGUGCCGUUUAUACAAUAAAAAAUUAAUAACA